AACCGUUGCAUUAGCAAGUAGAAAACGUAGAAGUCGCGCGUUAAGCCCAGUGGUUCCGUCUUUGCUGCUGGAGUUCGACGCUGAGUGCGAACGUAGACUGUUACAUAGCUGUGUGAAACGCCCACAACGCGAGCAGCCGUCGCUCUGCUCAGGCGUUGGAACCUAGAGGACUGGUGGCUAGGUGCUAGCGGACUGCGUCAGGUGACAUCACAGGCAGCCGGUCGCGACUCGGUCCUGCUGCUAGCGCCGUGAUUGACAGCUCGUCACGAGCGAGGCGCAUCGUACGGCUGCUCUGUCCCCUGAAGGCUGCUAGCUGCUAGCUGCGGUUCCCACCGUGUGUGGCCUGCUGCGGCGGGGACCAGCUCAGAGGCUCUGACGCUAGCGCGGUGCUGAGCUACCAGGGCUGAGUCUGUGGCGUCAUCAACAGUCCAAUGACUGCGGUUCUGUAGGAGGGAUGAUCGGUUUGUGUGUGAGCCGCCAGCCAGCCACGUGCAGCUCUCUGAUGCUAUGGAUGCCUGUGCCCGCAUCAGAGGAUUCCCAGUGAGGUCCAGAGGCUCAGUCCGGAAGGAGGCUGUGCGCGAAAGCAGCGCUCACUGUGUGAAAAGUCUCUUCAGGAACAAAAAGGAGCUGUGCAGCAUUGCCUUCGAGCUGCAAAGCCGAGACGUCACCAGACUGACAGAGAUUCACUUUGUGUGCCUGCCUGGCCAGUGUGAGGGGGAAGAAGUCACCCAGCAGGCCCUGUCGUCUCUGGCAGGCGGCCUGUGUGAGCUGCUCCGCUCUGUCCACAUCCACGGCCUGAAGAAUGAUGAAGUCCUGCUAGUGAAAGACUCCCGCAGGCUGGCGGAGCAUAAAGACUUUGGGACUCAGUGCUGGUUAAGGGCUGUGUGUGUGCUGAGGCGUUAUCCCAACACUCAGGCCAGUGUACCGUCUUCAGUGGGCUUGUUGGGAUGCUACAUGGCAGGUGUCCGCUAUGCUCUGGAGCUCCAGGCGCUGCAGAAAGUAACAACUGAGCCAAGUCAUCCAGAGGAAGAUGACACCAACCAGUCAGUCUCGUCAAUCGAGGACGACUUUGUCACAGCUCUGGAGCAUCUGGAGGAGGAUGACACGGCAGACAAUCCCUCUGCAGCUUUCCAUCGGCAUUUCAAAAAGCGUGACGUAGCCUCACAGACGGUACCGGCCCACAAGAGAAGAAAGGAACUAUCAGGCUCCCGUGCUAUUAGAAGUUCCUCUUCCAAUAAGUAUUCAGGCACGUCGGCUCCUGGUGUAUCUGUCACAGUGCAGACCUCAUCUGGGGUGGAAUCCCAGUGGACGUACUGUCGUCCUGGGUUUCAUGUCCCCCCACCUUUAAAUCAUGCCAGUGAAUCGGAGGAGUCCGACUGCUCCAGCCCUAGCCCUAUAAUUUUUCUAGAUGAGGUGGGCUACCAGAAGAGCCUGUUGGCCAAGUUGGAAAUCCCCCAGGUGCCAGGGGGACCCAGAGAUCCAGUUGAAGACUCUGACUCUGAAGUCAGUGAAUUCUUUGACAGUUUUGACCAGUUUGAUGACCUGGAGGAGCUAAGCUCAGAGAGCUGCACCCUGACACUGCCUUUGGAUGCCAACAGUGUCCCACCAACACAACAGAUGUCCACUGAGUCUUAUACCGCUGGCUCAGCAUCCAAGUAUGUUUCUAGGGGCUGCUCAACCAAGGGUAUGAAUCCUCAUCGCUUUGACCAGCCCACCCUUCCAGCCAGUGUUAAAAAACCUACUCCUCUGAAAGCAGGCUCUCCAUACUCGCUCCAGGCUGAUGCCUUUGACCCCAUAAGGCCGGUGCAGACCUCUUCUGACGAUAAUGGUGGCCCCCUCUUCAGUCCUGUAAGUUCCUCAGCCUUCAGCCCUCUGGUGGACUCUAGUGGAUCGCUAGAAUAUUUCUGGAACACAGAUGAGGAUGGAGAGGAUAACUCAGAGUUACGCAAACCCCAGCAUCUUUGCUCUCUGUAUAAGACCUACUCUGACUUUGCCAGCAGUCUGUCCAGAGAAAUCCUGGGAUCAGUAUGUGGCUAUCAGUCUGCUGUUGACAUCAGUGAAAACAAAAAUCUCAGCUGUGUGUGCCACAAGGAAUUCAAAAACCCUUCAGGCUACUUGAUGAAGCUCUCUGAAAUACAAGAGACUGUGACAGUGGCCAAGCUCCAGAAGACUUCCCAGUCUUUAAAGGACGGCAUUCAGAGGUUUGCAUCUGAUCUGGUGGAAAUGAGCCUGGGCAGCGCCUUGCGAGACCUCCAGAAAGGUGUAUCCUCUUGUACCACAACACUGUGUCAUCUAGCUGCCAAGCUCACCUCCUCCGUGUUUCAGAUGGCCUUCCAUGAGAUUGGGAUGCGCCGAGCCUAUGUACUAAAGGAACGAGCUAUUAAUGGAUUAGCUGGUUUUCUCGUCGGAGAAGCGGUCUCUGGGGCGCUGAAAGAGUUCCUGAAAGUAAAAAAGCAAAUUUUUCACAACACAGUGACACGUUUCGCUGCUGAUUUGGCCGAAGAGCUCGUGUUUGAAGGCAUAAUGGAAGUCUGUCAGUUUUCCCACCCCUCAACUCCUCUCACCCCCAGUGAUUGGUCCUUUGGCCAUGGACAAGAGGCAGAGGAGGAAGAGGUGGUUUCCUCUUACGCGUCAGACCUGUCUGAAUCUGUUAUUCAGGAAGCCUUCAUUGAGCUCUCUCAGGCUGAUGUUGCCUUCACCAGCCAAGCAGCUAUUAGCGUGUCUCUGGACAACAUCUGUUACGUGAGUGCAGAGAACACAAGCACCUGCAGUACCUUUGCUAACCAACAGGUUUUAAGUGCCAGCUCACCUGCAGCAGCGGCAGUGCCCUCAGGAGAGGAUGCUAGCUGCACUGUAAAGAAAGCCCUGUUCAGUGUUUCAGGCAUGGCCAGCUGUAUUCCUGUGCCCAAAGCAGGUCAAGCUCUCUCCCACCUCCAGAAUUCAGAGGAGACCUGUCAAUACAAGCUGAGCAUGUCGGACAGCCCACGGGCUAACUCUAAAAAAGCCUCCCCACCUUUAUCCCACAUCACUACAUCUACACAAGCCCACCUUUACAGUGACGCAACCCAGACCUCUGUGACUGGAGGAGUCCCCCCUGAGGUACAGUCCCCAUUCCACAACCUCUCUGGCAACACGGUUGAUAAGCUAGUAACCGAAGCUUGUGAGUUAAUAGCCGCUUCAAAGACAAAGAAAGGUUUUGGGGAGUGUGCUGAUCUAUUUACGAAGACAAUCAAUAGACAAAGGUGUUUGUUUUCUAAUGAAGACACAGUCAAUUAUGAGACCCUAGAUUCUCCUCACCAUCAGGGAGCUGAUGUGGAGUGUUUCACACUAGACUGUAGCAAUUCUGGGAAUUUAAGGAAGGGAGGCCCAGCUGAGCAAACAACAGAUCGUAACGUUCCUCACAUUUCCUUCCACACAGGCUCAGGCCAGCGAAAAGCCAGUUUUGAAGUAGACCCUUGGACCAAAGGUGUGGUUGAAACACUUCCUGUAAUCAUGCAUACUCUAAAUGUGCCAGACCCUGAGAUGGGUGGACGAAGGACUGUGGAAGACUCAGGUCAAUGUUCUGGUCAAAAAUCUGGUGAGACUCCCGGAACCCCUCCUUCUACGCCUCAACAGCCAAGUGAGGUGUCUAAAGAGAAACAGAUAAAAAAGUUUUCUAAGAAACUUAAAAGCAAGCUGGCCAAGGAAUUUUCUCCUGCUACACCCCCUCCCACCCCACACUAUCAGCCUGAACCUGGCCCAGGUCCAAAAGAUUUAACCCCUGAGGCAGACAACGCUGAGUUCAUGUUUAAACUGAUGCGGUCUCUUUCUGAGGAGGCAGAUGGUGAUGAGGAUGAAGAGGAGGAAGAGUGGGCUGAGGAGAAUGGUGUUUGUGGCAUCAGAUGCUUAGAGACCAGGGAUGAUGGUCAGGACCUCAACCAGGUGUCUGCUCGCAGAAUGUCCAACAAGGAAGCUCUCCACUAUGCUGAACGGUUGGCAUGUCAUAUUGUCUCCAUGGCAACAGAGAUGGACACCCUGGGAGUGGCAGAGGAGGGGGGAGAGUUGCAAAAGGGCAGUGAGAGAGUCAGAGACAGUGUGGCUCAGUUCUCAGAGCAGACUCUGAACACCUUGUGGAUGUACGCUGGGGAAGUGGCAGGAGAGGUCAUCAACGAUGUGAAGAGGAUGGUAGGCUCUGGACAGCAGUGUCCAUACCAUAGAGGUGUUGGAAGGCAAAGCUCGGACAGAUGCUGUUCUGAAGGUUUGCAUCACCAUCACUAUCACCACAGAGAAUGGAGGCUAGGGAGCCUGGCUGAGCAAUGGUCUAAUGAUCUGAUAGCCUCUGUCUUCCAUUCUCCCACUUCCACUUCAAGCACCAUCUCCAGCUCCAGCUCUGGUCUGUCCUCUGAGUAUCCCAGCUGUGAGAGUGUGACAGAUGAAUAUGCUGGAUACCUCAUCAGGGUGCUAAAAAAGGAAGGAGGAUGUAGGGAGUUGGUCCUAGAUCAGUACGCUAGUCGUUUGGCCUAUAGCUCCAUCAAACAAGGCUUGGCUCACGCCAGUCGCAAGAUCAAACAGAGAUCAUCUAAAACCCACCUUCAGUCCUUCAAGUUUGUACCAGAUGAAUGCAAAGCUUGUGGUAGUGAGGCUCUAUCGCCCAAAGGCCAAGCAGAGUCCAUGACUGGUCCCUCUGGCGCUGACGCUCGGUGUUGUUGCAGGGAAGCACAGUCUCAGAGGGAGUACAUGGAUCUGGUCAACUUUGCGGAGUCUCUAGCUUAUAACAUCACCUGUGAUGUCACUCGCAAGCUGCAUCAUUCCUCUGUGCGACUUCCAAAGUCUCUUACCGACUCUUGUCUCUAUAAGAAAUCCAAGGUUGAAGACACACAGAAUGUCUCCUUUUCCUGUCCCCUGUUGUCCAGGGAGGCUAAGAGCAGGCAUUACUGCAGUACAGGGAGCCUGUAUGAUGGUGGCUACAGCAGGAGGGUGAUGCAGGUCAUUGAGCAUUACGCUAGGAAAAUAGUUGAUGACACUCUAAAGAUAAGUCUGACACCCAUGGGACUGACUAGCCUGGAGCAUCCGGCCAACCGAGGCCACGACAGACACUCCCACACUCAGAGGCUGUUUGAGGGACCAGCACUGGGCCCCGUCCUGGGGGAGAGGACAUGCCGUUAUUGUCAGGCCCAAGAGUGUCCAUACUGCAUCAAACUUAGCGGGCACAACCGCCAACCUGUCUUACAGAACAGGAAACAAGGGGAAUUUCAGGGGAGGGCUGAGCGGCUGUCCAGCCUGGAGAUACCAAAGAUCCACAUAGAUCUGGACCACAGGACAGUGUUUGCUGAGGAAAUGGUUUCCAUGGCAAUGGAAACGGCUAAAAGGGAACUGAGCAACACCAGCUUGAACGCAGACAGUGGCAUCGGUCAUGAUGGAACCAGCUACGCAGAGAGCCUCACUGCUGAGAUCAUGACCUCCGCCCUGUCCAACGUCUGCCAGGCUGCCAACGUCAGCUCUCCAGGUAGAGAAACCACGGAGUCCACUGUGUCACAUCAGCUGAGCGUAGGAGACGACAGUCUGGGCAGCUGGUCUAACCUGAGUUUUGAGGACGAGCACCCUGAUGACAACAGCAGCUUCCUCCACCUCAGUGACAGCAGCAAUGGGAACAGCAGUAGCUGGAGCAGUCUGGGCCUGGAGGGGGAGGCGUGUGAGGAGCGAAUGUCCUUCUCCCCCUCUGACAGUGACAACACGGAGGACAAGGAGACUGAGGCCAAGGAGGAAUCCAGUGGGACUCUCCGUGUGGACAGGACUCAGGUGCCGGCUCCCAGACCCGCCCUGCUCAUAGUCAACUCCGACGUCAGGGACCUGGGCCAGCACUCGACCCUGGACCGUCAGCUCAGGAGCAUGCUGCAGUGGGUGGCAGCCUCCAUGGCUGACAUCCCCCAGAUCCAGCUGAGUCCUGAUCGAGAGCUCCAGCAGCUUCCUGUGGUGGUUCAAAGGCUCCGGGAGAAGAAGUGGAGGGUGGGAGACCUGCUGCACAUGCUGCUGCGAUACUGUGAAGAGAGUCAGACUCCGAGCCCGCCCCAGGCCAGGGAGGAAGCGCUCCAGGUGGGCGGAGACGCCCAGCGCGCCCCCCUCUUCCAGUGGCUCCUGGAGCAUGCCUAGCUACAGCCCUAGUGCCAUGCAGAGCGGGCCUGUAACCAGCUCGUGAAUGUGGGCGGCGUGUGUUUUGUAUUGCAUGCCAUGACCAACAGUUCUGUUUACUUUCCAUUCCACCUUUGUUUUGUUGCCGCAGUUUCAUCAUUUACUAGGCUGCACAUAUCGUGUUGAUUCAGUGAGCUGUUUCUCCUGCCCACCCACACUCCUAAGUUGAAGCCCUCACGCUUUGCUGCCACUUGAGCUACAGAAAGAACAGAAGAGAACAGGGAGACGCACCCCAUGUGUUCCAGACAGUGGAGAGAAAGAGAAUGAGUGUUUUGCUAGGGAAUCCCCAUCACUGCUGGGUGGAUGAUGUCAGUACACCCACGGCUCACCUCCGCGGUGAUGUUUUCACAUGCUUAGAGACCAACUGUGCACACCACACCCUCGUCUUAUCACUCAGGGCAGCACCCGUCAACAUCUGGCAGUCAUUUCCUCCUGGAGGAUUAAUCAGUGCACAAGUUAAAUUCUGGUGGAGUCUUUUGACCGAGAGGCUGCCGUACUUUAGGGUCUUCAUGGGUUCUCCUGGUUCUGUAGCUGGAGGUCAGGUCCAAACGCCUGUACUGAAGCCUUCACGGUAUGGAUUCGGAGAACAGAUGUUUUAACGGAGCAUCAUCUCCUCCCUACAUGUAGCUUGCCUCAGGGCUCAUUAGAGUGGAAGCAGAGCCUUGAAACCCAUGCGUUUACUUGUUCUGGUGUCUUUUCAGGACAGCACGGGCACACGGCUGCUUGGUAACGGAUGUAAGCGUCGCUUAUCCUGCUGCUGUGGCUGUUUUCAGUUUGGUUUCUGCAGCUGUGUUCUCUUGUGACCUAAUGAAUGCGCUUGACUGGGUUUGCUAUAAAUCAUUGUGGAUCAGAUCUAAAGUUUUGGACCUGUGAAGACCAACGAGACCCUGUUAAUUGUUCUCUGCGUUGACGAUCAGAUGGGCCCGUCUGAAACGCUCCUUGCCUCUUGCCAGUAUUGGAAUUCCUGUUUUAUCUGAUGCUGUGCAGUAUCAGAUAAACAUGUCCUGCUACAAUCGCUUAAGUUGUCGAACUUAGUAAAAGUAGACGAUGUUUACUCGGCCGGUCGGUGUUAAAAUAAUAAGUAUAUUUUUGUGAAGGAAAAAUUCAUAAUGAAAUGUGAACUGCUGCUCAGAGCUACACACGUUGCCAGAUGUGGCUCAGAAGGUGACUCCUCCCCUCCAGUCAGUCGUAAAGUGAUACUCCGGUCAUCUACGUCCAGUUUGGGGAAGAUCCAGUGACGCAGAUGGUGAAUCUUGUAGUAAUUAAAGCGCCAGCCCACAAAGCCAGCAUGAACAUAGCUGAACCCUGGACUCGCGCAUUCUGUCGCCCACGCUACAGUCACCUCAUACGACGUCCAUGCAUAGCACUACCAGCUCCUUGCUGAGUUGCACUUUUUAUUUAUUUCCUUGCUCGUGAUGGGGCUGAGGAGAAGGCCGGUCCUCAGACCUCUGCCCUCCUCUGUGAAGUUCCUCCAGUGGACCCCAAACCCCCCACAGAAAGCUUAUUGGGAUCUUUGUCUUUAUUUAUUGUUUUAAUGAGGGACCUAAGAAUGAUCAGGACUUGGCUCCUUGAGUAUGAAACACUGUAAUAUACCACAGCCUCACAGGCAUUACAGGAAAGUUAAUGUUGUGGUUGGUGUGUUCCCCUGCAUGGCUGAACUGUCAUCACGGUUUAAAGCUGACUUUUCUGUUAACGUCAUUGUAAUUCUCCUGUGCUGGCUAAUGACACUGGCUCUCUGCACAUGCCAGACAGCCUCUUCUAAGGUGUUUGUCAUGCUUGAUUUGUUUACACACACAAACAAAUCUUUAAAAAAAAAAAAGUAAAGUUCUCGCUGAGGUAAAACUACUGUAAGGUAAUAGUUGAAGUAUUACGCUGCAAAGCGGGAGCGUGAAGUGUUUUUGGUUCACAUUUAAAGGAAUGUAUUGCGAGUCGUGGCCGUGUACAGAUUCUCUCCCAGUGUGAAUGCUGAGGACUUUCCCAGGUUUUCCCCUCCACCGUUUUCCUCCUUUGCACUCCCCAGCUUCCCUCGUGACCUUCGGCGCUAUAUUACUGUGUUUGUGUCCCUGCAAAGACUCUGCAUCAUCUGCUUCCUGUGUAACCUGCCCAAUAAAGAUAUUUAAUAUUGUAUGUAAGUUCCAUAGCAGUGAGAUCACAACCUGUUCUCCCAGUGAUGUUCCUGAAUAGUUUACGUUUUAAAACCUCUUGCUUUGUUUCUGUCGAAGCUUCGUGUGAUAAUAAAGCUUUUCCAUGUG